AUGCCGGUUGACUGCCAGAGAUCGACGACAGGCGGGAAAGGAAACCUGGGUAUGUUUUUUGAACGAAGUCCAAAAAUUUGUGCUGCAGGUCUUCCCUCUCAACAGCCGGACAAAAAAAUCCGUGAUGACUUGCAGCAUUACCUCAUGAAGGAUGAGGUGGACUCACUUAUAAGUGACAUUAUCAUACCUCCGGAAAUCCCCAGACCUCUUCCACCUUUACGUCGUCCUAUACCACUAGACAUGCGGUUUGCCGGAAUAUACGGACAGGUCGCAAGUAUCGUAAACCCACCAAACAAAACAAAGUUUCAAACCCUAGUUGAAGAUUUUAAGGAUACCACUUAUUCCUCCUAUUGGAAAAAACCACUGGGAAAAGUGCAAGAUCCAGUACCAAUGCUCCCUGAAGGACUAGAUGUGUACAACACGACCUUUGGGAGGAAGUUGCCUGAUGCAGAAAGACUGUACGAUGUUGUAUUCCCAAAAGUACCUCUUGAAGACAAAACGCCAGCAUCAAAAUUUCCUGCCGCUCAAAUAAAUCGUAAUUACUGCAAACCUCCAUUUAAUCCAGAUUUAACAUAUGGUCAUAGAACUUAUGUUGACAAACGUGGAAUAUACGCCAAAACUUGUUUAACUGAUGAUAAUGUCGUUGUUGGGAAUGGGAAUCGAACAGUUUUAAAUACAGUUCAAUCCAAUUACCAGGAAUUCAACAAGGCUAGACUUGGAAAAGUAUUAUCUCCAAAUAAUAAUAUUAGCAAUGUUCCAGAGGGUUACUCAUUUGGAAUUUUAAGUAAACCUGAUAAUCUUAAAGAAUGUCUAAGUUUCUGUGAACUUAAUCCAGAAUGCGAAUUCUACAGAAAGUGCUUAGCGCAUCUUAAUACUGUUCGUAAAUGUAUGUCAACUAGAUUUUCACCCAGGUUUUUUAACGAGUUUUAUUUGAAACUAAAAUAUUAUGAUACUGAAAAGCGUGGUUGGCUGCCUCGUGGCGUUGUUUAUAAUUAUUGUGCUUCAAAACUCAUAAGAUUUGAUCCAUCUUUAAUAGAACCAUUGUUAACAAAGUGGGAAGCAUUUGAUGGAUCGAACAUUGACUACAAGUUUUUUUCGCACAUGAUUAAUUACAGGGAACCCAUUGAAUAUAUUCCUCGUAUCCCCGAUUUACCACCAGAUUGCAUUGACUACCGUACCACUUAUAGUGAAAUGGUGAAACCUGAUCACGAGAGAGAUGAGUCUCGUAUGGCUGGAAUUCCAUCUGGUAGGUACUUCGACUUAGACUACCCUAUUACGCCUAAUUUCUGCUGCAAAGCGAUUAGAACAUGCCUCCCACAAGAGUCAGAUGUCAAAUCAUGUGUCGCUCCGAGCAUUCUUACACUAAUGCACGUCAACCACCGUGAUAUGUAUGCCAAACGUGAACCUGACGUCGUAAAGAAAGUAUUCAAAGCUGCUGGAGAGGAUUUUAGUGAUGAAAAAUUCAACGAAAUAUGGGAGGAGGCUAAAAAGUAUCAUUCUCAAGGCUGGGUCUGUUUUGAGACAUUUAGGAGGGCUUUACGAAAAGUUUCUGAAGCAGAAAAUACUACAAGUUAG